CACUUAUCACGUGACCAAAUAAUUGAACAAAUAGCAACAACUGUCAUGGCGGAGUGUAUUAGUGACCAUCUAACUUUGACGAAGACCUGUUUUGGUUGACAUGCAACACUCUCCAUUGAUUUGCUCACAUUUUUUGUAUAUAUUUCACUGUGUUUUGAACUCAAAAACGUUGUUUAGUGUAUGUACAUAAAUCAUUAGCUUGUUUCAUGUGAAAAUAUAAAAAAAAAAACCAGAUAAAAUGAAUCGAUACCAGAUAUUCAAGCAGUUAGGAGAUGGGACUUAUGGAAGUGUUCUGUUGGCUAAAAGUAUAGAAAACCAAGAAAGUGUUGCUAUUAAAAAAAUGAAGAAGAAAUAUUACUCAUGGGACGAGUGUUUAAAUCUGCGAGAAGUUAAGUCUUUAAGGAAAUUAAACCAUCCCAAUAUAGUCCGACUAAAAGAAGUUAUACGAGAAAAUGAUCAACUGUUUUUUGUGUUCGAAUUUAUGAAAGAAAACUUAUAUCAGUUAAUGAAAGACAGAGAUAAGUUAUUCCCUGAGUCAGUAGUUCGGAAUAUUAUUUACCAAGUUCUACAAGGUUUAGCGUUUAUGCAUAAACAUGGUUUCUUUCACAGAGAUUUAAAGCCAGAAAACUUAUUAUGUACUGGCGCUGAUUGUUGUAAAAUAGCAGAUUUUGGUCUAGCCAGAGAAAUUAGGUCACGGCCACCAUACACAGAUUAUGUCUCAACAAGAUGGUACAGAGCUCCAGAAAUCUUGUUACGGUCUGUGAACUAUAAUUCUCCAAUAGACUUAUUUGCUGUCGGUGCAAUAAUGGCAGAACUAUACACAUUGAGGCCAUUGUUCCCAGGAACUUCAGAAAUAGAUCAAAUAUUCAAGAUUUGUUCUAUAUUGGGAACCCCCCAAAAGGAUGAAUGGGAAGAAGGAUAUAAACUUGCUGCUGCAAUGAACUUCCGAUGGCCACAAUGUGUUACUACCAAUCUAAAGACCAUUAUACCACAUGCCAGUCCAGAAUCUCUUCAUCUUAUGAAAGAUAUGUUAUUGUGGAAUCCGAGUAAACGACCAACAGCUAGUCAGAGUCUGAAGUACCAGUAUUUUAAUGUUGGUCAGAAUCUUGGCUUACAACAGACAGUCAGACCGUCACCCACUAUACAAAAUAAUCCUUCACCUGUCAUUUCACCACCAAAACCAAAGCAAGAGGAGAAAACGUACAACUAUAAUCCAUCUUUCAACCAGAAUUCACCAUAUCACCAACCAUCACCAACUCACCAAGUAACACCACAGUUCCAAGCAUCACCACAACCAUUUACUGAAAAGAAAAGUAACCCAACUGUAGCACCCUCAUAUGGAAAACAGAUAGAUAAUAAUGCAUUUGCUGUGUCAGUAAAGAAGAAGCCUCAGCAGAGUGGGAGAAAACGUUGGGGAGCUGGGUUGUCAGAGACGUGGGAUGAUUGGGAUGACUUUGACUUUGGUGCACCUAAGAAGCCAGCACACAAACAUGUAGCAGCCAAACCUUUACCGUCCAUUGGUCCUAAGAGGGAUGUGUUUGGGAAAGAAAAUGAUGAUGAAGAUGACUUUUUAACGAGUAUAUUAAACAAGAAGAAUGUAAAUAAGCCUCCUCGUGUUCCCUCUGGAAGAUCGUCUGCUUCUUCUGCAAAAAAUCAUUACCUUAGUAAAUCACGAUACCUGCCAGGUAUAAAUCCAAAGAGCAGUGCCAAAAAAGAAACACCAAGCUACGGUGCAUUAUUAGGUGCCAAGCAAUCUCCUGGUGGAAUCUCAAAUGUCAGCAGGCCUUCAAUAGGUCCAAUUGGAAGUAAUAGAAGCAAUGCAGAUGCAGGUUAUGUUCCUUCAUUUAUGUCGACCACAAAGAAUGCAAAUUACCCACCAGUAAGUUGGAAGAGGGCACAGCCAGGACCUUUAUCUAUGAACAAGAACUCAGCAGGACUGGGUGGUAAACCUGGUACACAUGGACGCACAGACUGGGCUGCUAAGUAUCUGAAAUCCUGAGAAGAAUUUGACAUUAGGUGUUGUUGAAACAAUCAAGUGCCACACAACGUCCACACACUGUGAUACAUUGUUAUUUUGUUGUUAUUUUAUCUUAUACUUUUUGUUAAAUAUUCUUGUGUCUUACAUGUGGGGAAUAAACAUUAUUCUAUUAAACGAUACAGACAAUAUAAUGUGUCUGAUUGAGGGUGGUUUGGGGAUUAGAUAUAGUCUCUCUAAGGACAGAUCAUACUAAGAUUUCUUGCCACUAACUUCAUGAUGUAGUUAAAAAAAAUCCUUUCCAAUACUUAAGUUAUAAUUCUAGUGGUUUUUUUUAACUGCAUUUAUGUGCCAUUUAAUAUCUGUAAAAAAAAAUAGUAAUAGAAUGAUUUGAAGAAGUUUACUGAAAGUUCAGAGAAAUAUAUAUGGCUAGGUAUUAAUAUGAUAUUGAGAUUUUAACAUGGAAAGUUUUUCAAAUCAAGAUUAAAUGGGUUUCUGUUAUGUUGUUGUGAAAAUGCUAAAUCUAAAAAAAGUCUUUGAAGUGCUUAAUAAGAACUAUUAAUUUAUACUGUGCUUUCGUUUGAAGAUAUCAAUAUGUAAAAAAAAGAAGUAAAAUGUAUGAGAGAGAUCGUACAUGAGUGAUUUGAACUUCAGUUUAUUGUAAUAUAAAGGAAAGGAAGUUGCAUGUUUUGUCUGACUACAAUUAAACUCUACCUUGAUGUAUAAGACUUGAUUUUCUUUUAAUCUCCUCUUUUGAAACUAUAAGAAAAGAUUUGAUCAUCUAAAACUGUUCUGUGGAAAACGCUUCCUUAAAAUUAUCCAGUUGAAUCAAAUUUUUUAAUUUUCUUACUAGUCGCUCUGAAGAGUAAAGUUAGUAUUAUAAAUGUACAGAAGGUUCUUAUUUAAAAGUAGAUGAAAGGUGGAAUUUCCUUAGCAAACUUGUUAAUGGUGAGGAUGUUACUGUAUAUUUAAAGUAGACAGAAUCAACUAUACUUCAUCAUGAUUUGUGUAUUUCAAGUGUGUCUAUUUGUUAGAAAUAUGGAUUUUCAGGGUAAUUUACAUUCCUAUUUUCAUUCUAUUUUAUGUAUACUUGAAAAAAAAUCAAAACAGUUAAUCUUUCCCCAAUGCGUAAUUUUGAUGCAGAACUUUAUAGUAAUUGCUGAUUCUCUAGCUGAGGCUACAGUUAAUAUAAUUAUAUUGUAUGGAAAUUAGGCUUAUCUAAACAUUAAGUUCAUUAGAGUUGUAUGUCUUUAAAAUACUGGAUAUAUAACAUGCAAAGUCGUAUCUACUGUCUUCCCCUUUUAUGCCUUCUGAAGCUUUGAAUAGAACUUAUUUUCAAACUAAUGAUAAAAGCUUAAUACAAAUUUACUUUCAGAUCAUGCAUAAAAUGCUACCUUAGUGUAUCAUCUUACAUUGUUUUGACAAUUUCUUCGAAUGAAAUGAAAAUGGAUCAUGUAUCAAGAUAUUCUUUAAUUUAUGGAGUGACCUUCAAACUUUUGGUUUGAAAAGGUGUCUUCACUUGUUAAGAUUUGUACAUUAUAGUUGUUGCACCUUUGUUGUUGAUUAUGAAUUUACUUAUUUUCAUGUCAUGUUUUUUUAAGAACUAUAUUUCAUAGCAAAGUUAAAUAAUAAUUCUUCAUCUUUAUUAUUUCUGAACAGAACUUAACUUGUGCUUGUUAUGCUAAUUUUCAGUAGAGAAGUUUUCUAAUGUAUGCUUUCAGGAAAUACUUCAUGUAUAAUAGGGCUUUGUUUUCCUUGAGUGACGCAAAAUAUAAGCUAUUAAUUUUUUACAUGGCAUUUGGAAAUGAAUCAAUGUUUUUAUAUGGAGUUUUGAUAUUUGGAAACUUUCUAUAGACUACCUCAGUCAUUUUUGUUAUGAUGUUGUAUUAAUAUUAAGGGUUAUAACCAAAAUGUCUAAUAAAUUUUCUAAUGACGCUCAGGCUCCCUCUUCCAAUUAAAACUGACCACCAUGCAAAUAAUCAAUUGUGCUGAAAGUGGCAUUCAACAUCAACAAUCUCAAUUUAAAAAAACGGAAGUCUAAUGUGUUAUUAUUUUGACUUAACUCUGAAGCAUUUUUCCUUUAUGAUAAAGAAACCUAUACAGUAUGUAAAUUAUUAAAUCAGUUUUCAUGAAAUAUAUCAGUUGCAUGAAAGCUUUAGCUUGUGCCAUACAAUAAGAUAGUUUGGCACAGAGAGAAUGAGUUGAUUUUCUGUACAAGUGGUUCAUUAUUUGUUAAUGGUAAUGGUUCUUUCAUACAAUAACAUUUCACAAUAGAGUCUCAAAUUUAUUUAGAAUAAAGACCGUUUUGAUAGGAAAAAGGCCAAAAAAUGGUUCAGAAAUGCUCAUUCUAUAUGCUUCUAUUUAUAAUGACAUUUUUUUGUUGGUAAAAAUGUAUAAUGGCACUAGAAAAACACAUGGCAAAUUAAAAAAAUUAACACCCUUUUGUUAUACAUGUACUUUAAAAAAAAAAUCCAUAUCAAAUAAUACUAUAUGAUUUUUUUGGGAGAGAACUUGGGAGAAUGUAGAGUGACGAAUGUUAAAGUGAGUGCAGUGAUUUAAAUGUUGUUAAUUUUUGUUUUAUAUUUAAACUUUCAGACAUUUGUACUUUAUUUAAACAUAAAUUAUGAUGUAGUAUCAUUUAUGAUCAAGAAAUAUGGCAUAUAGUUAUAAUAUGAUCACACCAAAUAAAAUGAAGUUGAAUUUCAA